AGCGCGGCAGCUGGGCGGGCGCGGCGGGGUAGCCGCAGAGCGGACCUGCGGCUGCUGGGAUCCCGAGCGCGAGCUGCGGCGAAGGCGGGACGGGCGCGGCAGAUUUAAAGACCUGAAGGUAGUCUUUCCUGUCCAAAGAUGGAAAACAGCACCACUACCAUUUCUCGGGAGGAGCUGGAAGAAUUACAAGAAGCAUUCAAUAAAAUAGACAUUGACAAUAGCGGGUAUGUCAGUGACUAUGAACUUCAGGAUCUGUUUAAGGAAGCAAACCUUCCGCUGCCUGGCUACAAGGUGCGCGAGAUUGUGGAGAAAAUUCUAGCAGUUGCUGACCACAACAAAGAUGGCAAAAUCAGUUUCGAAGAGUUCGUGUCACUAAUGCAAGAGUUGAAAAGCAAAGACAUCAGCAAAACAUUCCGAAAAAUAAUUAACAAGAGGGAGGGGAUUACUGCUAUUGGCGGAACUUCGUCCAUUUCCAGUGAGGGCACACAGCAUUCUUAUUCAGAGGAAGAAAAAGUGGCUUUCGUCAACUGGAUAAACAAAGCCCUGGAGGAUGACCCUGAUUGUCAGCAUCUCAUCCCCAUGAAUCCCAACGAUGGCAGUCUUUUCAAGUCACUUGCAGAUGGCAUCCUUCUUUGCAAAAUGAUCAACUUAUCGGAACCAGAUACAAUUGAUGAAAGAGCCAUUAAUAAGAAAAAGCUCACCCCUUUCACUAUUUCUGAAAAUUUAAACCUGGCCCUGAAUUCUGCCUCAGCCAUUGGUUGUACAGUGGUCAACAUUGGUGCGCAGGAUCUCAAAGAAGGAAAGCCUCACUUGGUCUUGGGACUUCUCUGGCAGAUCAUCAAAGUUGGUCUUUUUGCUGAUAUUGAGAUUUCCAGGAAUGAAGCUCUGAUUGCAUUGCUAAAAGAAGGCGAGGACCUCGAAGAGCUGAUGAAGCUUUCUCCGGAGGAAUUACUGCUGCGAUGGGUGAACUACCAUCUGACCAAUGCGGGAUGGCCUACCAUCAACAACUUCAGCCAAGACAUUAAGGAUUCAAGAGCCUAUUUUCAUCUGCUUAAUCAGAUUGCACCUAAAGGUGACCAGGUUGGUGAACCUGCCAUUGACAUUGACCUUUCAGGAUUUAAUGAGAGAAAUGACAUGAAGCGUGCUGAAUUUAUGCUUCAGGAAGCAGAUAAACUGGGCUGCAGACAGUUUGUGACUCCUGCUGAUGUGGUUUCAGGCAAUCCUAAACUUAAUUUAGCUUUUGUAGCUAACCUGUUUAACACCUACCCAUGCCUACACAAGCCUGAUAAUAAUGACAUCGAUAUGAAUCUGUUGGAAGGAGAGAGCAAGGAAGAGAGGACCUUUCGGAACUGGAUGAAUUCCUUGGGGGUCAACCCAUACAUUAAUCAUUUAUACAGUGACCUUACAGAUGCAUUAGUGAUCUUUCAGCUCUAUGAAAUGAUCCGCGUGCCAGUCAACUGGAGCCAAGUCAACAAACCUCCUUAUCCUGCUCUUGGAGGAAACAUGAAGAAGAUUGAAAACUGUAACUAUGCAGUGGAACUUGGGAAGGAUAAGGCCAAAUUCUCCUUGGUUGGCAUUGGUGGACAAGACCUAAAUGAAGGGAAUUCAACACUUACCCUGGCAUUGUUAUGGCAGCUGAUGAGAAGGUACACAUUGAAUGUGUUAUCAGAUCUUGGAGAGGGUGAAAAAGUAAAUGACGACAUCAUUAUUAGAUGGGUCAAUGAGACUCUUAAAAGUGCAAACAAAAAUACUUUUAUUUCCAGCUUCAAGGACAAAUCUAUUAGCACUAGCUUACCUGUCCUAGAUUUAAUAGAUGCCAUUGCACCAAAUGCAGUUCGUCAAGAAAUGGUCAAGAGAGAAACCCUUUCUGAUGAGGACAAGAUGAACAAUGCUAAAUACGCCAUUUCAGUUGCUCGGAAGAUCGGUGCCCGGAUAUAUGCCUUACCUGAUGACCUCGUGGAAGUGAAACCAAAGAUGGUUAUGACCGUGUUUGCGUGCUUAAUGGGAAAAGGACUGAACAGAUUAAAAUAAUGAAACAUUUAAUAUGAUUUUCUGCCACAUUAAACACAUUGAAUGCCUCACAGUUUACAGAAUUCUGAAAUGUAGUGGGUAUAAAACCAGAGAUUAUUUGUAUGCUCAAAAUAGCUAUAUAAUUCAUUAAUGAAUUCAAUAUCCUGUCCCUACUAGUUAGAAUUUGUCGACCUUUUUGGAUAACAGAACUAAUUUACCAGUGGAUACUAAUAGAAUAUGUUCAUUAUCAAGCUGAUAUUUCAUGAUUAAAUUAUUUUUGUUUUCUGAAAGUCUCAUUAAAACAAGACUAAUUCAUUCUUCAUGGUUAAAAAAAAUCAAUACAAAAAAAUUUUUGAAAGUGCUGCUGUGAAAUGUGUUUAAAUUUUUUUGUGUGUGUUAAUUUUGAUCAUAAAUGUAUUCAAAGUCAUAAUCUACUUUAAUCUUUUUGUUUUUUCCCUUCGACUAUGUGAAGUGGUCUAAAACUUUUUCUGUAAAUUUCUAUAUUGUCUACAAUUUUUAAGUGACAGGUAUUCAGUAACAUUAAAUUUUUUUAUAUAUGACAGCUAACUCUUAAUAAAUCCCCUAGUCAUUCUCUUGUAAAAGUAGCAGGAGCUUUUUACUUAAAACUUAAUUUUGACUGCAUUGAUACUUUCCAUAUGCUACUUUGGCAAUACAGUUUUAACUAUGACAUGCAGUGCAUAUAUGUUGCUAGGAUAUUAAUAAAGAGAUAUCUGUGUGUGUAUAUAUAUUUUGCACCUGCACUACUCAGGUUUCCUUAAAUGAUAUGUAUAAUUGGUCAGUCAGCCAACCAUUAAGUAUUUACUGUGCCCCCAUUAUGUGUAUAACACUUUUCAGUUUGUAAAUAUCUGGUCCAUAAAGAUUCCUUUCAGACAUACUCAUUUUGGAUGUGCAUAUAGUUACUUUUCAACUGACUUCUUCCAAAUAUUUAUAGUCAAACAUUGGUUAGAGCAUCUCAAAACAUGUUGACACUAUACUGUUAGCUUUAUAUUACACAUGUUAAUUUUGAUCUAUACUGAAGCCCUAAAUAAUUUAGACUAUGCCCACUGAAUAUCUUUAGUAGAAA